GAAUUCAAAAAUAAAUAAAAGAAAAAGAAAUUGAUUAAUAACAUUUUGCGGAAAUAUUUUGUUGCUGUCAUCAGAAAGACGUUUUUAGCCGUCUACAUCGGAUCAACAGUCUACACGCGAUUAUCUAUUGCAGCAGGAUUUCAACCAUAUCAGUCCAUAUCACACGCAUAGUACGCACUUUCAACAGCAUCCAGCAUCUAACACGAAAAUGUAUCACUCCGGUGCGGGAUACGCUGAUUUGACAGGUAGCGGCACUGGUACCGGUGUUUCUUCUUACCAUCAGCAAGCAGCCGCAGCAGCAGUCAAUGCACCAGUCUAUGUACCCUCAAAUCGCCAGUACAAUCAUGUGGCAGCACAUUUCGGCAGCGCUGCAGCACAGAAUGCUUGGCCCACGGAUAGUUUCAGUACGGCGCACGCACAACUGCCUGCACAGUUCUACACGCAAAAUGCAGCCGUUAUGAUGGGUUCCUGGCGUGCCGCCUAUGAUCCCACAGGCUUUCAACGUUCCUCACCCUAUGACAGUGCCAUGGAUUUUCAAUUUGGAGAGGGACGUGAGUGUGUUAAUUGUGGUGCAAUUAGCACGCCACUUUGGAGACGAGAUGGCACAGGCCAUUAUCUGUGCAACGCUUGCGGAUUGUAUCACAAAAUGAACGGCAUGAAUAGGCCAUUGAUCAAGCCAAGCAAGCGAUUGGUGAGUGCAACUGCUACAAGACGCUUGGGACUGUGUUGCACCAAUUGCGGUACACGCACCACAACUUUGUGGCGGCGUAAUAAUGAAGGUGAACCUGUUUGCAAUGCUUGUGGAUUGUAUUUUAAGUUGCACGGUGUCAAUAGACCACUAGCCAUGCGGAAGGAUGGUAUACAAACCAGAAAAAGAAAACCUAAGAAAUGUGGCAGUUCAGGCGAGAAUAGCAAGGACCACAAAGAAGACGAUUCAAAAGCAUCAUUAAGUCUCGAUCGCCACAGCCUUGUGACUUCAGCAGCACUAACUGCCAAAUUACAAGCUGAUUUAGGUGUCAAAAGCAGUGGUAGCAGUAGCAAUCCCUUACACAACCUCAGUUUAGGCUCAGCCACCAGUGCAUUACACAGUUCAUUGAGCCAUCACAUGCAUUUACCUUCCACGUCCACGCAACCAACACGUCAUUCUACCGGACACCUCCAUUCCAGCCCAACAAGUAGUGGCUCAACUGCAUCCACAGUAGCGACCGCAGCAGCAUCACUGAAUUCUAAUCUCUAUUCAACGUCACUGAAUGCACAAAAUAAUUCCACAGCAUUUGGUACUCAUACACCCAGCAAAUAUGAACAUCUGUUAUCAUCCACUAAUGGCAGUAAUAGUGCCGCGUUGUCGAAUAGCCUAGCGGCGAGUACACCCAGCCCAAAUUAUCAUCACAGUGCCGCUGCUGCAGCAGCCCACUUGCACCAUCACCAUCAUCAUCACGCCGCAGCGGCUGUUGCCCAUCAUCAUAGUAGCGCUUUGGGACAGCACAGCACAGCUUCAUCGGGGAAUAGUGGUUAUGGAGUGAAGACAGAAGCCAACUCCACAAACUAUGAUUAUGUGAAUAAUUGCUAUUUUGGCACUUCUUUUGGGGCGCUCAGCGGUUCGAGUAAUAGCGCUGGAAUCCAUAGUGCUGCCAGUGAACUAGCUGGUUACCAUCACCAACAUAACGUCAUACAAGCCGCUAAAUUAAUGGCCACAUCAUAAGGCGAAGCGAACAUUUAUCUUGUUAAAGUGUGAAAAAGAGAUAGCAAUAUUGUUUAUGGAAUAGACGAAUAAAACAACAUUGACUCUUCUCCGAUCUCCGAUGCUUAAUAUUCUUAACUAUUAUAUUUACACAAUUUCAAAUUACUUUCAAUGGAGACGAAUAAUGACUGUAUAUAUUAAUUAUAUUUAAUUUAUAUAUAAACUUUAUAUUGUAAUUCAAAACAUAAUGUACAAAUAUAAAAUAGUGUUUAAGUAUUACAUAGGUUGUGGUUACUGAAGUGAUGAUGGCAAUCCAACAGAUAUAUCAGUGGCUAUCAAUACAUUAUAAUCUUAAAUAUUUAAAUUUAUUCAAAAAGUUAUUAUUUCACAUGACAAGAAAAAUAAAUCUUCCAAGAUGUUUAGAUUUAGUUUGAAGAGGUCUAUUACGCUUCAAUUAAAAAAAAAAGUGUCUUAUGUAUGUUUGUAGUUUGAAGACUCACACAUAUGCCAUUAUCUGUGACCAUCACAUCGCAUUCAAGUGCCUUAAUUGAUUGCAAUCUGCAAUAUUCUAAUUAAAACCCAGUUAAAUAUUUUAA